GGGCCGCCCGCUCCCGUGAUGCUCCGCGCCGCCGAGGGGCCAUGGCGGCCCGCGGGCCUCAGCAGAAAAAUGGAAACAAAUCCUUGAACUGAGUGACACAGCUACUGGAGUGUAAAAAGGAAGCCAAGAAUCCUAGAGGUCCUGGGAUCAAAGAGGUAGCUAUGGAGACAGAAUAUAAGAAUAUGAUUAUCUUUAAUGCAUCCAAAAAGGAGACUUUUACAACCAACAACGGUUAUAAGUCCUUGCAGAAGAGACUUCGCGGUAACUGGAAGAUUCAGAGUCUAAAAGAUGAAAUCACAGCAGAGAAGCUCCUUGGGGUAAAACUCUGGAUUACAGCAGGACCAAGGGAAAAGUUUACUGCAGCAGAGUUUGAAGUGCUAAAGAAAUAUCUUGAAGGAGGAGGGGACAUUCUGGUUAUGCUAGGAGAAGGUGGUGAAUCCAGAUAUGACACUAAUAUUAACUUCUUGCUGGAAGAGUAUGGGAUCAUGGUUAACAAUGAUGCUGUGGUGCGAAAUGUCUAUUACAAGUAUUUCCAUCCUAAAGAAGCUUUGGUUUCCAAUGGGGUUCUGAACAGGGAAAUCAGCAGAGCUGCAGGGAAAGCUGUGUCUGGGAUAAUUGAUGAGGAAAGUAAUGGAAACAAUGCUCACAGGGCCCUCACUUUUGUCUAUCCCUAUGGUGCAACGUUGAGUGUGAUGAAACCAGCAAUAGCUAUUCUGUCAACAGGAUCUGUCUGUUUUCCACUUAACAGACCCAUUUUGGCUUUCUACCACUCUAAGCUGGAGGAAAUUAUAGACAAAAUGCUGGAAGAGGAAGCUGAAGAUAAUGGUAGAAUCUCGGUCAGGGCAGAAAAAAGGAUUAGAAGGAAGAUCUAUAAUCUGUUUGAGAGAAAUGAGAACCAAGGUGGAAAGUUGGCCGUGCUAGGCUCUUGUCACAUGUUCAGUGAUCAAUAUUUGGAUAAAGAAGAAAACAGCAAGAUAAUGGAUGUAGUUUUCCAGUGGCUUACAACGACUGACAUUCACUUAAAUCAGAUUGACGCGGAGGAUCCAGAGAUUUCUGACUAUACGAUGCUGCCAGACACAGCCACACUCUCAGAGCGACUACGAGUGUGUCUUCAGGAAGGAGAGGAGAACCCCCGGGACUUCACGACUCUCUUCGACUUGUCCAUUUUCCAGCUGGAUACCACUUCCCUCGCUAAAGUCAUUAAAUCUUACGAACAACUAAAUGUGAAGCAUGAACCCCUGCAGCUCAUUCAGCCUCAGUUUGAGACUCCCCUGCCUGCUCUCCAGCCAGCAGUUUUCCCCCCAAGUUUCAGAGAAUUACCACCUCCUCCUCUUGAGCUGUUUGACUUGGAUGAAACUUUCUCUUCAGAAAAAGCCCGACUUGCUCAGAUUACCAAUAAGUGUACUGAUGAAGACCUAGAAUAUUAUGUCAGGAAGUGUGGUGACAUCCUUGGGGUUUCUAGCAAACUCCCGAAAGAGCAUCAGGAUGCGAAACAUAUUCUGGAGCAUGUAUUCUUCCAAGUGGUCGAGUUCAAGAAGCUAAAUCAGGAGCAUGACAUCGAUACAAGUGAAGCCGGAUUCCAGAGCAAUUACUGAACACCGGCUUUCUUUCCUCAGCAACAUCUGGAGAUUGGCCGGAUGUUCUUCAUGUAAACUAUUUUUCUACCUGUUAUUGCCGUAUCCAGUACUUGCCUUCCCACUGUUUCCCUGAGUACCUGGAACUUGUAAAUAUGUAUAAAAUCCAAGACUCUGCCCGUAUUCGAUAUUGACUAGACAGGUACAUCAGAACAUCAAUUCUCUGUGUGGAACCAUCAUGUUAGAUAAACAGCGUGGUUUUUUUUUCUUAUUUUUAUAUUGAAUUAUACUUUUAUAAUCUGAGAAAUAUUCUUCUGGUAAAAUAUUCCCUUGCAAGUCA